CCGCGGUGCAGGGAGCCGGGCCGGUGCCAGGGCCGCCGCCCGGCCGGGCCGCAGCCCCCGCCGCCAUGGCCCGAGUCUCGGCGAUGAUCAGCCCGGUCCUGGUGCUCUUCGGCUGCGACCUGUGCUUCGUGCGAGCCAACAGGCCACCGUCCCCUGUCAACGUGACUGUGACACAGCUGAAGGCAAACUCUGCCACGGUCUCCUGGGACGUACCAGAAGGAGACGUGGUCAUCGGCUAUGCCAUUCUACAGCAGAGGCAGGACGGGCAGAUGCAGCGCUUCAUCCGUGAGGUGAACACCACCAACCGUGCCUGUGUGCUGUGGGACCUGGCAGAGGAUGCUGACUACAUCAUCCAGGUGCAGAGCAUUGGCCUGUAUGGGGAGAGCCAGGCUAGCAAGCGUGUCCACUUCCGCACCCUGAAGGAGACCGACCGCCUGCCUUCCAACAGCUCCAACCAAGGUGACAUCACCAUGGAAGGGCUGGACAAAGACCGGCAGCUGCAGACAGGCGAGAUUAUCAUCAUUGUGGCUGUGCUGCUCAUGUGGGCAGCGGUGAUCGCCCUGUUCUGCAGACAGUACGAUAUCAUCAAGGAUAACGACUCCAACAACAACAAGGAGAAGACAAAGCCGUCCUCAGAGCAUAGCACGCCAGAACGACCAAGUGGAGGGCUGCUGCGGAGCAAGAAGAAAUCUCCCUCGGUCAAUAUCAUCGAGGUGUAAGUGCAACACCAGCUCUGCCAUCUGGGAUCUUGGGUGUCCUGCCAGAGCCAAAGCAGGCCUUGGAAGAAGAGGCAGCACCAGGUGUGCAGCCUGGAACUCAGCAUGCGACGAUCCACGUUACCAGAACUCCCGCUUUCCUGAGGGCACCUGUCUGGGGAUGUGCAUGGAGCCAGCUCCCAAGCCAUGCAUGCAGAGCAUGGCCCUGCCCAUCCCACACACCCGGCCCUCCUCCCCUCCCGGUGGGAAGCAUGAAGCUGAGGACGGGUGCAGGGCCGCCCCACCGGCUGGGGUGGGAGGGAGCCGAGAGCCCCGAGGGGAGGCCAUGUCCCUGUGCCAAAGCCCUGGGUGCAGCUGUGGCACUGACCGCCUGCCCGGCAGCGGGGCAGACCUUGCUCUCAGCUGCCUGUUCGGCCUUGGGGGUUGCUUGCAGAGAGCAGGAGCUGCUCCCCUCAGGGCCCUGGGGCUGAGGAACAAGGCAGUGCAGGCACUGCCCAGCUCUGCCAGGAGAGCUGUGGCCAGAAGAACUGUGGCCAGCUGGUUGGAGGGUUUGUCUGUGGGGCUGGGCCCAGCCAGCACAGGGGAUGAGUGGAUUGCUGCUGGAGAGCAGGGCUCCACUGCACCCUGUCAUGGCUGUGCAGGGGCUUCAAAUCCUCUGUCUGCUGCAGAGGACAAAGACACGAGGGAUGAUGAGGAGCUGGUGCUGUCCCAGGGGCCGGCCAGAGCCUGUGGCUGGGGCAGGGCGUGCUGGUGGGAGCCCCACAGGGCUGGGGGAGUUGGCAGCGUCAGGGCACGGCUGUGGCUGUGCUGUGUCCCUUGGCAGUGUCAGGGCACGGCUGUGGCAGUGCUGUGUCCCUUGGCAGUGUCAGGGCACGGCUGUGGCAGUGCUGUGUCCCUUGGCAGUGUCAGGGCACGGCUGUGGCUGUGCCGUGUCCCUUGGCAGCGUCAGGGCACGGCUGUGGCUGUGCUGUGUCCCUUGGCAGCGUCAGGGCACGGCUGUGGCUGUGCCGUGUCCCUUGGCAGCGUCAGGGCACGGCUGUGGCUGUGCUGUGUCCCUUGGCAGUGUCAGGGCACGGCUGUGGCUGUGCUGUGUCCCUUGGCAGUGUCAGGGCACGGCUGUGGCUGUGCCGUGUCCCUUGGCAGUGUCAGGGCACGGCUGUGGCUGUGCUGUGUCCCUUGGCAGUGUCAGGGCACGGCUGUGGCUGUGCUGUGUCCCUUGGCAGUGUCAGGGCACGGCUGUGGCUGUGCCGUGUCCCUUGGCAGUGUCAGGGCACGGCUGUGGCUGUGCUGUGUCCCUUGGCAGUGUCAGGGCACGGCUGUGGCUGUGCUGUGUCCCUUGGCAGUGUCAGGGCACGGCUGUGGCUGUGCUGUGUCCCCAGCAGGGCUCAGUGCUGGCACUUUCAGGCUGUUUGAGGGGAGCUGCCAAGCACUUUUUGAGCAGCACAGCGCCUGUGCUGCUUGGAGGAGACGAUGUGGUGAGGCCUACAAGGUCUCAGUUGGAGGGAAUGGGGUGGAACAAGGAGGCUCCCUGCUGCCCUGGCUGCUGCUCUUCCUCCAUGCUCUGCUCUGCAGCCUGCCACAGACAGGCUCUGCAGCCCUGGACUCAAGCACCACAGGAUCCAGUGUCUUCCAGGAAUAAAUCUCCCAGUAAAAGCACUUUCAGGACUUUUCCUUCCAGGUGCUGCUCAGCUCCUGCUGCAGGACUAGGCAGGGGAGGGACAGGAUAAGCAACUCCUGUGGCAGGGUCUUUUCAAUAAAAGCAUCCUGGCUCAAAGGCAGCAUCAGA